UGAAGUUGUUUUUGUUGUUAGGUGAAUUAGUUUUGAAUUUUAGGACAAUCAUUUGAUAAAAUGAUGCUGCAAUGACUGCAGAAAUUAUCUGCAAUGUUCCAUUUUUUAUUCUGUUGUGCUUGGCAGGGAUUUCUUCAUCGGCUUUCGUAGACGUGAACCAUACGUCUUCUCAUCCUAAAGGAUUGAUUGUCGUUCCUGAGAACUUACGCACGAGUACAUUAAAUGUUACUUUUAAUGAGACUGUUGAGAAUGAUAAUGUUCUUGUUGUGUGCAAUAUACUGGAAUCUGGCAAUGGGCUCACAAAUAUUGUACUUCAAAACACAACUGCAUUGAUUGGGCAAACAGAAGCUGUUAUCCCAUUCAGCAUAUUAUCACCUGGCCAACCAGUCACUGUGGAGUGUUCGGCACAAAGUGAAGGGAAUUCUACACAGUUUAUUUUUUCAACAUCUAAAGGAAAACCGGGAUAUUUACAAGUAACCAAGGCACCUAUUGUGACAAUUUGUAGUGAUCCUGUGCUUGUAGCUACUGAUCGUACAUGUCAAACUGUACAGGUGGAACUAAGUGAGGCAGUCAGUGGGCAGUUUCCAGCUGUAGUUAACUGCUCUGUCAUUGGUACUAAUGGUGGACCACAAUUCAGAUUUGAACCCACCGUCAUUGAUGUGGGACAAAGAGUUGCUCAGAUGCCAUAUGUAACAGUUUCUACUGGGACCCAGUCAGUGCAGUCUGCACAAGUCAGUUGCRUAGCACAGACCUACAAUGUUACUAAACUACCAACGAUAGUCAUCUGUGGCAAGGGCCCUGUAACAAGCACCACAACACCCCCACCAACCACAGCCCCUGCGACACCAUCAAAUAUCACCACUACCUCAGCUACAAAUACCAUCCCUACUCCAGCUCCUCCCACAGAAAUUAUUGUGCYACAGUUCUUAACCUCAGAAGAUGGGGUGGAUUAUUUUCAGUAUUUGACAGAAAACUCUUCAGGAACUCCAGUAACUUUCACCCUCAAUCCACUUACUCUACAACUUUUUCCUCAAACAACUACAAUCCAUGGAUCCUACGGCAUCCUUUUGACACUCAACAUUCCUCAAACCAUUCCUAUGGAUAUAUUAUGUUCUCUGACCUCACUACCACCAGGGAAGAUCAACAGUUCUUAUAUCAACUGUCCAGCAGAGGCCAACGAUGCUGUGACUUUAGCAUUUUCUGUGAUCCAGUUGAAGCUGGCAGCGACUGAAAUACAGUUUAGGAAAUCAGAGGUCUCUAAGACCCUUAGUCUCUCUGUGGUUGGGAGUCCCACUGGCCAUGUCAGAGACCUGGUGCAGUUAUCAUGUUGUCCUAAGGCUACAUCAGUACUGAAGCCCUCCCCUGUCGGGGCAUAUCUGUGGGUUGAUCUAUCAAGACAACAACAAGUUGAUGACAAGUCUGGUGGUUCGACAUCAACAGCAUCCAUGGAUAUUGAACUGACCUGUCCAUGUAACCUGAAGGAACAGCAGUGUGAUACUGGUUGCUGCUGUGAUCAGGACUGUUCAUCCAACGAGUAUUCGUCCUUCUCAUGUACAAAAGGAUUCUUUGGAGGCGAUGCUUUAGAACGUCCGUUGGAAUUCAGUUGUAAAGCAGCUUGGCCUGACUCGGUUGAUGUGAACCCAUUUUUAUGUGUUACCAUUAGUAACAGCCCUUUUAUUGGCUACUGGUUUAACUAUACUUCACCAACCACGGCUAAAGAUCUACCAGAAUACAAUACACUCCUCAGUGCUGCUAAAACCACAAGGUUUUCAUAUCAGACGAGUGCCCAACCAUCAAGCCUGACAGUCGAUACAUACAAAGUAGGCACGACCAUCAGAACAGCAGCUAACAGUAACGACAACCAGUACCGAGGAGCAAGCCUGGGAAUCCUUACCCUCCCAAGACAGGUCUUCAGUGGUUUAUGCUCUCACAAUGCACCUGUAAGCUUCCUGGAGAACAUGGAUUCUAGUUGUACAACAGAACUGACGGAAUCCCUGUGUACUGCCUCAUCAUCUCUUAGCGCGUCCAGCUUUUUAAUGCCAAAGCAAAUGGCAAGCCCGCCAUGUCCAGUACCAGCGGCAGUGCUAAGGAGAGGAGCUCUUGGUCAAACUCAAAGUGAACCUCCAUCGUUAGCUGAUGCGGACGUGCAGUAUUUCUGCACAGACGAUUCGAGGAAAUUUGUUCCUGUAAAAUCAGGACCAGGAUCGGGAGUGGAAUCGGAUGGCUCGGAAUCUUCCGUUUGGAGGUGUGGAUUCGACGAUGGUAAAGUUGCGCCUCCUCUCCCUGUUUUUAAUUCUACUUCCAAGAUAUGUUCUAAUGUUGUUCUUAACGUUACGUACCAGUUCGAGAUAUUCGGACAAGAGAUUAGUAAAGUCAAAGCUAUUAUUUUAUUGGGUAAUAUCCAAAUACCUACCCCGCUGUCGUCAUUUCCGUCAAAUAUCGCUUCAACGGAUACACCCAUCAACUCUAUUACCCAGUUUUUCACCUCCAAGUUUACCCAUUCGUCUUUAUUCAACACAUCCGGUGCGAUUCCUCCUGAUGCUAUAUACCGGUCAGGUAACCCAGGGUACAUCAAGGGGCUGCCUUUGCUUGGACUCAAGAAAACACAAAAUAAUUCAUUAUCGAGACAGCUACCCGUCAGAUCCCCCAGUGUGGAUGGCUUUUGUUCCUCUUCUCCACUUUCAAAUCCUAUUCUCUUCGGAGAAGCUCUUACUUCCGGCUGCCUGAUAAAACUUGGUUUCAGUGAUAUGCGCAACUGUACACGUGUGAGAGAACUAGUGCGGACCAAUCACGAAGCUUUGUUGGACGCCACUCACGUGGGACGCACGGGUAACGCACGUGUUGCAGUAGAUGAAGACUGGCUUCCUAUUAUAARAGAACAAAUCAAAGACUCGCCGUCCACCACAAAUGCCACUGCCACUGGUGAAUGUCAAGACAUUCCUCAGGUACAGUUGAUACAAGUUCUCGUUGCACAAGCAGGGAUCUAUCGAGGAGUAACGCAGAUGGAGGUUGUUGGUCUCAGAAUAAGUUACGAAUACACGACAUGGCGGUAUUAUUGUGUCAGCGGUUAUGGUCUUAGUUGCUUAGCAACCCCAGAAUCCAAUGCAACCUUAAACAACACACGAGCCAAUCAGAAUGCCUCGUCAGUCAAUAGUACAAUUAUGCCAACAGCAACAGUAUCAUUGGCGUUGUCUUCUAGUGCGGUCUUGAAUGGGUCGUCUGUAGGACAACAGAACCAAACGACCACCAAUAAUAGUUAUAGUCCAAGACAGAUGUUAUUCAUGCUGGAGACGAGUGUCGUAUUUAUUACUGUUCCUGCAACUGAGCAAGUGAAAAUGAAAAGAUCGUCGGACCAGACCGGAAUAUGCUACAAGGACGUAUGUAAAGAAGAGCUGUUUUACCCUCUUUCGCCAGCAUAUCAAGGCGAGUCCAAAGACAAAGUUAUGGCAUAUUCAUUAAUUCUCAUCUUUCUCACCAUCAUCGUAUAUUUCUAUACAAAACCAUGGGGAUGACCGAUGGAGUACCUCUUCCUUUCCUUUAGUAAUAAGUUAAAUAGUCCAAGUUUUAUUUAAACGUAUUUAUUKACAGAAGUUAUGACAUAGCAAAACUCUUAUGAGAUACCUCGUAAAAUUUUUAUUAAAUUUGAAAAAUAUUGAAAAAAUGAUUUGUGUAGACCACUUCUCUCGUAAACAUGAUCUCUAGUCCAGAAUCUCRGUGUGAUCCUCGRGAGYCCAGRGGUAAAAUUCUGUCGCUCGUUUUAACCCUGGGUUCCCGAGGAUGAGAACCGUAGGCUUGGGGAAACAAAGUUCUAUAAUUUUAAUCAAAAUCAUUAACAUGAACAAUAAUAAAUGGCUAAGAUUUAACAGUGUCAUUUCCACAGAGUGGCUCUUCUUCCACUGGAUUCCAAUUGGGAAUUUAGAACUUGAUUUUUACGGAGGGAGGAAAACCGUUGAACCCGGAAAACCCUAGAAAAAUUAUUUUAAAAGAAUCUAAUUUGCUUUUAUAUCCGGGUUAUAAUUGUAAAAAGAAGGUUUUCUAUAAAAGUAAAAGAUAUGUGCAUUGUCAAA